GCUUGUUCGUCAGGAAUGAAGCGACCUUCAUGCUUGGAGAAUGGGUUGCUUCCGUGCUUGACAUCGGUUCGCAAAAGCAAGUGCUGAUCCCGUGCAAACACAUCAUCUUCUUCUGCAUUUUCUUCCCCAUCUGUGCGUGAAAGCUUCUUCCUUGGCAAAGGGUCAGUUUGCGGUCCCAAAUUCACAUUUGGACGGCACUUAUGCAUUCCCUAUUUGAUGCAGCCGACUACAAAAGAGAAAUGGCAGAAAAGGAUGAGGACUUGCAGAUCCCGAGGGAUGCCAAAAUCAUCAAAUCCCUACUGCAGUCAAUAGGCAUUGAGGAGUAUGAACCUCGUGUUGUACACCAUAUGUUAGAGCUAUGGUACAAAUAUGCCGGCGAUGUAUUGACGGACGCACAGCUCUACUCAGAGCAUGCUGGCAAGGGUUUAAUCGACUCUGAUGACAUUAAGCUUGCAAUUCAGUCAAGGGUCAACUUCACCUUCUCGCAACCGCCUCCACGAGGGGUCCUACUAGAGUUGGCAAAAAACAGAAACAAGAUUCCAUUACCCAGAACAGUGGCAGGACCUGGAACCCUCCUCCCACCUGAACUAGACACGCUGAUUUUCCCAAAUUACCAGCUUGCAAUUCCAGAGAAGCAAUCUUUGGAAGAACUAGAGCAGGAUGAAGUAGCCAAGCUCAAUCCAUCUCUAGAGCAUAGCACGGAGUCGGUGCAGCAUACCCAUCAGAGAGUCUCAUUUUCCCUUUCUAAGCAAACUAAGUGAACAAUGUAUCAUUGUGCAACUGAAUGUUGUAGAGGAUGUUCAGCAGAACUACUGUGUGGUUGGGUUGGCUAUCAAUUUUAACUAAGGCGUUAGCCUUUUGGUUUGCA